CAAAUUCAGACUGUCACAGCUGUGUGUAUGUGCCGUUAGCCACAGUUAAAGUUUCCGUAUCAGCUGUUUUAUUUCGCAGUAUUAUUUUUUAAUUAAAUUGUGAGCGAAUAUAUUUUAUACAAAUGACCUCGGUGGUUGAGCACGGCCGACGGAGAGGAUCCGGUAAAAGUGUGUCUCCGGCAGAGGAAGCCAGCAGGAUGAUCCAGCCGCCUGAUCUCCACAAAGUCACAGUCUUAAGCAAGGCUGAAUGGCUGAGGAUUCAAGAUGAACUGAACGGGGUUAAUAAAGACAAGGAGCGAAUGAGAGAGGCUGCGAACCAGAGGGAGGCCCUGCACCUGCAGUCAAAAGAGGUGGUGAAACUGUGGUCCAAUACCAUCGCUGGUCAGAGGCAAAAGAAGCUGGAGGCAAAGAGGAUUCGGGAGCAGAUUGAGGAAGAGAAGAAGAAACUGAUUGAUAAAGAAGAGGCCAAAUACCAGGAGCAAAAGCGUAAAGAGGCCAUUGAAAAAGCCAAGACUCAGCUGUAUUAUCAAUCCGACCGAGUCAAAGGAUUACACCGUGCACUCUUGCUGACAGAAGUGCUGAAGGAAAGGGAGGCUCAGAUUGAGCUGAAGCAAAGAAUAAAGAGUGCCACUAAAGAUGUGGACAAGGUAUUCAUGGACGUGGCAAAGGCCAGAGAUGAUGAAGCACUUAGACUGGAGCAGGAGAAAGUGCUUCAGAGAAGGCUUGAGAGACAGGCUGUUGCUGAGGACCUGAAAAACCAGAUUAAGGAAAUAGAAUUGCUGAGAGAGCGACAAAAGGCAGAGAACAAGAAGGACGGAGAGGAAAUCCAACGCCUUCGAGAACUCUUUCAAUGGGAGCAAAGAAUGGAGGAAGAGAGACAAACAGAGCAGAAGAAGAGCCUUUUGCAAGCUCACCUGGUAGGGUCUCAGCAACACAGGUUAUGUAGUACUUGUAUUUUUAGUUUACUACUGUGUUCUCUGUAUCUACAGGAACACCUUGCCAAUAGAGACCUCAUAAGAGCAGCAGACACUCAAAAACAGGAGGCUGAGGAGCAGCAGAGAAAACUUUUUCUCUCUGCAAAACAAAAGAUGAUGAAGUUAAGGAAAGACAAAGAAACCGAGUUGUUCAGAGAGGCCCAGAUGCAGAGAGAGAGGAUAAUGAGUAAACUGACAGACACACAGCGGGAGCAAACAGUCAGCGAGGAGCAGAGGAUCGCUAAGGCUGUGGCUGAACGGGAUGCAAAGCAGGCACAACAGCAGAGGGAGGAGGAGGAAAAGAAGGCUGCAGUGUUGAAGGCGAUCACUGCACACAGAGAGUUCAUGAGACGCGAAAAGGAGCAGAGGGACCAAGCAGCGCUGCAGAGCACCCGAGACGCGCUUCAGGCCAAGACAGAGGCUGACAGAAUAUUUUCUGAGAAACAACAACUGAAGGCUCAGAGGAUCAGAGAAGAUGAAAGAAAACUGCAAGACUUCAAUGCCACACAGAUGGCUGAAAAGAUUGCCAGGGCCCAGCAGCUGAGAAGAGAAGAACAUGAGUUUGAGGGGAAGAACACAGACCUUGCUGCUGAGGAGGAAAACCAGUUUCAGCAGUACUCACAGCAGGUCAUCCGUGCGGCAGCGGACGCUCAGCGAAACGUGUUUCCACUUUGCAGAGCUGCGAGGGAAGGAACUGGAGGAGGGCUUGGUCCCGUUUUUGGUGGAGUCAGGGCUAGUUACCUUGUUCAGGACCGUAGUGGGGCUCAGAUGCCCAAAUAUGUCUCUGGUGCCACCCAGAACAUUAAAAAGCUCAAUGAAGCUGUAGAUAUUCAAGAAGCAAAGAGGAGACUUGGCUUUACGUGGCUUACAUAGUUCAAUCCCAGCUGGCAGUUUUGGUUCCGAGUGUUUGCCUGAGUUUACCAUCUUUGAGUUUACUGAAUGUUUCAGUAACAUUCUUAUAAUACUUUGACAAGGCUGUCUGAAAUCACUCCCUCAUUGACUACUCCGUAUAUAACACUCAAUAGUUUGCAAUAUAGUGAAUAGUAAAUAGGGAUUUUGGACACUUGAACUGUCAUCAUUUUGCAUCAUCCCUGACAGGUUGAAUCUCGUGACUUUUCCCUGGUGGUCCAGGCGAUGACACCAACCAUGACCCAGAGUGUUCAUGGUUCAUGUCCAGACGAGGACUUGUCAUUGGUUGUUGCUUCUAUCUCUGUCUCCCCCUCAUUUCCUGUCACCUCAUUACCGAUGGCACAACAAUACUCCAGAAUGCUUGUAAAACAGUUGUUAUGGAGAUUACCAAUGUGUCCCAAAUCUACACUACACACUAAAUCUAAGCAGGCUCCAAAGGAAAUGGAGGAACUGUUCACAGCUGGCAAGUGUAAAAAGAUUUGUGGAGAAUGGUGAAACAGCUCCAGAAAGAUCUUGGAAAAAAUUAAGUAAUCUCAACAAAGACAUUUUGCUCUCCAUUUCUGAAGGUUAAGAAGCAGUGAGAUUCAUGAGUCACAGUGUUAUGGACGUCUGACGAUGGACCAUUUCCUGCUCCUGUUAGUUUUUAUACAAACUGCUACAACAGUAUACUGUAACAUUUAGCAUGUUGUACAUACUGUGUAGAAUUAGGUUGUUGAAUGAAUUUGGGACGCGGUGCAUAAUUUUUACUCUGGCACACAGUACACACUGCUCUAUGCAGGAUAGUAAAUAGGGAGUGAUUUCAGACAUAACUAUCAUAACUUCAAAGUGUUCAUUGGGUUAAUGAUGUAUAUACUCUGGACAACAUUCUCUGAAAGUUGCAGUCAAACUGCUCAACAGUUUAUUACCAACACUGCAAUGAGCUUCUGUGAUGUUCAGAAAAAUCAUACGUGUGGUCAAUGUUCACAAAACAUUGUGAGAACAUUUAACAGAACAAACUGUUCGAAAUUAACCAGGCAACAAAGUGUUCUGUGUAUGUUUCACAUUAGCUGCUCAAAGCAGAGAUGACGACUCGUCUGAGCUAAAAAUAUGGACUCUGGUUUACACUGAUCCGAGAAAUUAAUUACCACAGCAGUUAACAAUACGGUGUCAGUUUCCCAUGAUAAUGUAAUCACUGUUUAUUACUAUAAUUUUGGAUGCUAAUAAUGUUUGGGCCUCAAAACUGAAAAUAAAUGUGAUGUUUUGUUUGUGUUAUAAUUGUAACACUAUUUACAGAAUAUUAAAACAACUGAUUAAAAUCCAAAUUGAGCAUUUUAAUUCAUUCUACACUUGAAUUGAGAUCUUCUUAAAACCAACUUGCACAAAACGCAGUUUAUACAAACUGAUUUAUGUUGUACUUACAGCAUGACAUCACACUUCUUUCAAGAAAAAAAAAAAAAAAUCCAGAGGUAUCUCAAAACCUCAUUAACAAA